AUGGUGGAUCCGGGGCCGAUUACGCCGGGCCAGGUAUCUUUUCUACUUGGCGUAAUCCCAAUAUUUAUCGGUUGGAUAUACUCGGAGCUACUUGAGUACGGGAAAUCUUUGGUUCCCUUGAAACCUCACUCGGAUAAUAAUCUUGUUGAUUUGGGAGACGUAGCAGAGAAGGACGAUGAAAAAGCUGAUUUGUUGGAGGGAGGUCUUGCCAGAUCACCAUCUGUAAGGUUUCAUAAUUCAUCCAUCAGAACAAACAUAAUCAGAUUUUUGAGUAUGGAAGAUUCGUUUUUGCUGGAACACCGAGCUACCUUGAGAGCAAUGUCGGAGUUUGGAGCAAUCUUAAUAUUUUUCUACAUCUGUGACCGUACGGAGUUGCUUGGAGAUUCUACCAAGAAUUACAACCGCGACCUUUUCCUUUUUCUCUACGUUCUUCUGAUCAUAGUAUCAGCCAUGACAUCUCUCAAAAAGCACAAUGACAAGUCACCCAUAAGUGGGAAAUCCAUUCUUUACCUUAAUCGUCACCAGACAGAAGAGUGGAAAGGAUGGAUGCAGGUUUUGUUCUUGAUGUAUCACUACUUUGCUGCGGCUGAGAUAUACAACGCAAUCCGUAUCUUUAUUGCUGCUUAUGUCUGGAUGACUGGUUUUGGAAAUUUCUCAUACUACUAUAUCAGAAAGGAUUUCUCUGUUGCACGUUUUGCGCAGAUGAUGUGGAGGCUGAACUUCUUUGUAGCAUUUGCCUGUAUUGUUCUCAACAAUGACUAUAUGCUCUAUUACAUCUGCCCAAUGCACACUCUCUUCACCCUAAUGGUGUAUGGAGCUCUGGGUAUCUUCAGCAAGUACAACGAAGUUGGUUCAGUGAUGGCUUUGAAGAUAUUUUCAUGUUUCCUCGUUGUUUUUUUGAUGUGGGAAAUUCCUGGAGCUUUUGAAAUAUUCUGGAGUCCAUUAACAUUCUUGCUAGGGUACAGUGACCCUGCGAAGCCCGAUCUUCAUCGAUUACAUGAAUGGCACUUCAGAUCAGGCCUUGAUCGCUACAUAUGGAUCAUUGGAAUGAUUUAUGCCUAUUUUCACCCAACUGUGGAGAGAUGGAUGGAGAAGUUAGAGGAAUGUGAAUCAAAGAAAAGAAUAUCAAUCAAGACCGCUAUAGUUACUAUCGCUGUGCUUGUUGGCUACGUGUGGUAUGAAUGUAUUUACAAGCUAGACAAGACCAGUUACAACAUGUAUCAUCCAUACACAUCUUGGAUCCCCAUAACUGUUUACAUUUGCCUUAGGAAUUUCACCCACCAGCUUCGGAGUGUGUCAUUGACUCUCUUCGCAUGGCUUGGCAAGAUCACUUUAGAGACUUACAUUUCCCAGUUUCAUAUAUGGCUAAGAUCAAACAUGCCUGAUGGGCAACCAAAAUGGCUUCUCUCUAUUAUCCCGGGAUACCCUAUGCUCAAUUUCAUGCUCACAACCGCGAUAUACAUCCUAAUAUCUCACCGUCUCUUCGAACUAACCAACACACUCAAGACAGUUUUUGUACCUACAAAAGACAACAAGCGUUUGUUCUGUAACUUUAUAGCAGGGAUUGCCAUCGCUCUUCCUCUCUAUUGCUUCUCAUACGUUCUUCUUCAAAUUCAUCGCUAA